GGUUGUUGAUUUAAGCAGAGCACGUUUUCCCUACAUCACUUCCGUUCAUCUGCUGAUCGAGUCAGAAAGACAGUGAAGAUGGCGGUUUUCGGACGAAUUUCUCAAACGCUCCUGCGGUCCUCAUUGAUCCAGACUCGUCAACUCUCUGCCACAGCGGCCCAUGGUCAUGCAGAGCAAACCGCCAGAACAUGGAAGAUCCUCUCCUUUGUGGUUGCCCUUCCGGGAGUUGCAGUGUGCAUGUUGAACAUGUACCUGAAAAUGCAGCACCAUGCUGCGCACCAUGUGGAGCCAGAGUUUGUCCCUUACAGCCAUCUUCGCAUUCGCAGCAAGCGUUUCCCUUGGGGAGAUGGCAACAAGAGCCUGUUCCACAACCCUGAAGUGAAUGCCCUCCCUGAUGGCUAUGAGGGACGUGACGAGUGAUCUCUCCCUCAGACCACCUCACACACUGGGACCAGUCUUUCUUCAAUUCAUUACUGUUACUGGACCACACUCUCCAAACGGUUUACUCUUCUCUAUUCUAUUAUGUUUACCUCUGUGCACCUGCCACAAGGGACCCAAAAUCUUAGUUAUGUUUUUCUGGACCAUUUAACACAAUUUCUGCUUAAUUUAAAUAAAAAUAAAUAAUUACUACCAAAA